AUGUGAAAAUAUCCAUCACACUGGGAGUUCUCAAAGCUGACGUGAAAUAAUUCACCUGAUAAAUAUACCUGUUUUGAGCCGCAAGAUAAUCCGUCAAGACUUAAUAUAAAAAAAAAUCAAACAAACAACACGUUUAUCUCAGUUUUUUCAAAUGAAGCACUUCCCGACAACUCCAUCAAUUAUUUUGAAGUUCGGUUUAAAAACUUUAAUAAUAAAAGAGAAACUUCAAACAUCAUAGUAGGGAUCGCAAUUAAUCCUAAAGAAAACCAAAUUAAUGAAGCGUUUACAAACAACCAAAAUGGAUUCGGCUUUUAUUUGAAAUUUCAGUCAUUAAGGCAUGGAAGCAGCUUUUGGGGAAGGCAUUAUGCAGAUACGAAAGAUAAAAUCACAAGCGAAGACGUCAUUGCAGUAAUUGUAGAUAAAAUUGAUGGGACUUUAAGCUACCUUAUAAAUGGCAUUGAAUAUGGUAUAGCUUUUGUAAACGAAAAGAUAAUAAAUGAAAAUGUCUAUGCAGCUUUAAGCUUCAGCUCUAAUGUAUCCUCAAUUGAAUUUGUAAAAUCAAGAUUUUAUGUAUGGACAAUGAUUAAGGGAAUUUUAUAUAUUAGAAAAAAGCGAGUGAACAAGCUGAUUGAUGGUCUGCCAAUUAGUUUAUUUAGAGAACUUCUAUUUUAUUUAUAUUAA